GAUUUUAAGAAUUCAGAUAAUUGUUUUGAUGAUUUCAACUUACAUUUAUUUGCUGCUACAGAACCACAGAUGAUUCUAAAUGACGAGAAACUACAAAAAAAAGUUGACCAAAAUUGGUCUAUUGCAGUGGAAACGUUAUACAACUGUUUUAUACAUUUGGGUUUACAUGAAGGUUAUCAUUAUGAAAAAGUUUUUGAUAAAAUAACAUUAAAUAAUAAAGAUAAAUACAGCAACAAUAUAGUAUAUUGCAUAAAAGAAGAUUUCCUAAGUUUCUUAAAUACAAUUAAAGAAAAUAUUAUUAAAAGAACAUGGACAUCUAAACAAAUAAAUGAAAAUAUGGCAAUAUAUGUAUUUGAAAAGAAUAAAGACAUCUCAAUACAGUUACAAAUUUGUUCAUCCGCUCUCUAUACUCGUUUAUUCAUGUAAUAAAAUAUUUUUAUUCAAAAUUAUUCAAUGAUGUUAAUAAGAGUUUAAAAAUUAAUUCUCACUUUUUGUAAACUAGUUUUUUGUUAAAAAAUUAUUUUACAGAGUGUCUCACUAUUUUCUGACAAAUUAUAACUUUUAAUCCACUGAUUAUUUUCCGUUAUUUAUUUAUGUUUUAAUUUGC